AUAAUAAUGAAAGUGAAAAUAGCUCCUAAGACGUCGACGUGGGUAACACAAAACUAAUGCGUAAAUGUUAUGUAGAAACUAAAUAUCUUAACAAUGGCAAGUACAGGACCCGAGAGUCCAAUCAGGACUGAUGAGAUAAACGAUUUCUUCACCUACAUCGCCUCGAUUGAUUGGACAGAGAAAUGGCUAAUUGCCUUGGUUAUGUUCCAUUUUACUUGUUUCUUCUUGAUUAUUGUGACACGUAAAAGUGGAUUACUUCAGGCCAUCAUAUUUAUUACUUUGCUUUUGUCCGUGUAUUUUGCUGAAAACUUAAAUGAAAUGGCAGCUAAACAUUGGCAGGUGUUUACCAAGGAGCAGUAUUUUGACAGUGAUGGUUUGUUCUUUUCAACUGUAUAUUCCACUCCAGUGCUCUUCAACUGCUUAUUGUUGUUGUUUAUCUGGAUGUCUAAUUUGGGAGCAGCUGUUUCUGAAAUGAGGCAAAUGAAAAUGAAUGCCAGAAAAAAGGCAGAGGAAAGAAAGGAGAAGAAAGAAAACUAAUAAUAAAUCAACCAAAUACAUAUAACACAAAAAGAUACUCAUUUUUGCAUGCUACCCAUGGAUUAAAUAUUAACUGCCUUUUUCGCUUAGUGGUAUAGAAGCUACAUUGUAAAUAAGGAGGCAAUCUCAGGUAAUAGGUCCUACAACCUCUUGGUUUGUGCCAUAAUAACCUUGUAGUGGAGUGCAAUAAAAUUUUAACGUCUUGAAA